ACCCGAAAUCCCUCUAGGCGCGCCGGGAGGCGGCGGGCGAACCCCCCAGGCUUGCUCCUGAGCCUCCACCCGAGCGCUGGGCAGACCUUCUCCGGCUGUACCGCUGGGCGUGGGUGUGUGGGAAAGGCGGGGCUGCGGGUAAUCAGCCCCAGGAUUGGUUAUCUGCAGCAGUGCCCGUGGGGCUACCUGGGGCCGUGCGCCCGCGACACCCAGUGCCCGCUGCUUAGACUGGGCCCCCGACCGCCGCCGCCGCCCAGAUGCUCAAUUCCUAACGCGCCCGGCGAAGCGGGGUCACCUGCAUCACAGCCUGCGGAUGUACCAUGUGCAUGGGUGGCUUCCUUCUCAAAGGAUAUUUCAUUAAAAGAAGACAGAGGAGCAGAAGGCAUCUCUAUGGACUCAAUGAAGUACACUGUUUUAGGAUUUGGGAGACAUAGGCAUUGUCUCCAUCUUAAACAAGAAGAAACUUGUCCAGACUGAUUUAUGAAUUUGCCUAAGCUAACCUGACUAGGAGAAUAGAUCUUGUUCCUCUUCUUUGUAUUAUCUUCUUCAUAACUACAAAUCAUGGGGGAUAAAGAUAAAACAAUUGAAUGUCAAGAUUCAGAACCAUCCACAGGGAUGAAUCAUACAACUUCUGUGUAUCAAGAAACACAGGAAGAGACGGUCAUGAACCUUAAAGGUACAGAUGGAAAUGAACCAACAGAAGGAAGCAACCUGUUACACAGCAGUGAAAAAAAGCUACAAGAAAUACCAACUGAAUCAAGUGGUUUGCAGAGGCUGAGACAGAUAUUGGCUUGCCCUCCACAUGGUUUACUGGACAGAAUCAUAACAAAUGUUACCAUGGUUGUUCUUCUGUGGGCAGCAGUUUGGUCAGUUACUGGCAGUGAAUGUCUUCCUGGAGGAAACUUAUUUGGAAUUAUAAUCCUAUUCUAUUCUACCAUCAUUGGAGGUAAACUUUUUGGGCUCAUUAAGUUACCAACACUGCCUCCUCUUCCUCCUCUUCUUGGCAUGCUGCUUGCUGGAUUUCUCCUCAGAAAUAUUCCAGUCAUCAGUGAUAAUGUACAGAUCAAGCACAAGUGGUCCUCCUCUCUGAGAAGCAUAGCCCUAUCUAUUAUACUGGUUCGUGCUGGCCUUGGUCUAGAUUCAAAGGCACUGAAGAAGUUGAAGGGUGUGUGUGUACGACUGUCCAUGGGUCCCUGUCUCGUGGAGGCAUGCACAUCUGCUCUUCUUGCCCACUUCCUAAUGGGUUUACCAUGGCAGUGGGGAUUUAUACUGGGUUUUGUCCUAGGAGCCGUGUCUCCAGCUGUCGUGGUGCCGUCCAUGCUCCUUUUGCAGGCAGGAGGCUAUGGUGUUGAGAAGGGGGUCCCGACCCUACUCAUGGCUGCUGGCAGCUUCGAUGACAUUCUGGCCAUCACCGGCUUCAACACAUGCUUGGGCAUGGCCUUUUCCACAGGCUCCACAGUUUUUAAUGUCCUCAGAGGUAUAUUGGAGGUGGUAAUUGGUGUGGCAACUGGAUCUCUUCUUGGAUUUUUUAAUCAGUAUUUUCCAAGCAGUGACCAGGACAAGCUUGUGUGGAAGAGGGCAUUCCUGGUUUUGGGGUUCUCUGUGCUAGCUGUGUUCAGCAGUGUGAACUUUGGAUUUCCUGGAUCGGGAGGACUGUGCACAUUGGUCAUGGCUUUCCUUGCAGGCAUGGGAUGGAGCAACAAAAAGGCAGAGGUUGAAAAGAUAAUUGCAGUUGCCUGGGACAUUUUUCAGCCACUUCUUUUUGGACUGAUUGGAGCAGAGGUAUCUAUUGCGUCUCUCAGACCGGAAACUGUUGGCCUUUGUGUUGCCACCUUGGGCAUUGCAGUAUUGAUACGAAUUUUGACUACAUUUCUGAUGGUGUGUUUUGCUGGUUUUAACAUAAAGGAAAAGAUAUUUAUUUCUUUUGCAUGGCUUCCGAAGGCCACAGUCCAGGCUGCAAUAGGAUCUGUGGCUUUGGACACAGCAAGAUCACAUGGAGAGAAAGAGUUGGAAGAAUAUGGAAUGGAUGUGUUGACAGUGGCGUUUUUGUCCAUCCUCAUCACAGCCCCAAUUGGAAGUCUACUUAUUGGUUUGCUUGGUCCCAAGCUUCUCCAGAAAUUUGAACAUCAAAAUCAAGAUGAGGUUCAAGGAGAGACUUUUCAACCAGUUUAGAGGUGAAAGAAAAAUGGUGAACCCAAUGAUAAAAAGCUUCUCCCAGAAGCCAAUUUUAUCAGAAUGGAUACUCAUAUAUGUAAUAUUUAAAUUUAAAAUGUAAUAGAACAAAAGUGUUACUGUCUUAAACAGCAUUUUUAGCCCUUGCCUUUAGCAUGUGAGUGGAAAUGUUCUAUAUCUACGGAUGUCUUUUUUUUCCCCUAGCUACCCCUUCAUCCUUUAUCUUAAUUUGUAUAAGGACACUUUACUGCCACGAUUUAAAGUCAACAUGGCAGAGACCAAGUUCAGUACCUUCCUCAGCUAUCCAAUAGCUUGUUCUAACUUACUGUAACAGUUUCACGAUUCAUGGUCACAGCUCUCAUGACUUGAGUUGUUUCUGGCUUCUCUUCCUGUUUUAUUUUUAAAAACCAAAAUGCAGUCGCUUGUCAAUUUCUGCCCUUACUAUUCUUCUCCUUCUCCAUCUUUACCUUUCUCAGUACCUUUCUAUGAAGUAUUGUAACUGAUUGGCCCCACCAAAAUUUUAAAGUUUACAAAGUGUCUUCAUUGAUUCUUGGUCUUGGUCCAUCCAGAUGUUAAAAGAACCUAUCUAUCCCCUACCUGGAUACUCAGUCGUCAUGUCAGUGACCCUUCUAAAUCUACCUUCCAAUUGUGCCAGUUCCCUGAUCCAGCUCUUAUUUGUUUCUUGUGGCCCACAUCUUUGGGCUUUUCCAAUUCUCUAGUAAGAGAGAGCUAAUUUUCCAAAUCUUGGUGAGUGUCAUGAAAUGUCAUAUUAAUUGGGGUAACAUAAGUUGCUAUAAGGAGGGAAUCAAAAAAUAAAUUCUCAAAACACAGUUCUGUUUCCCUCUCAUGAAACUGGUGGUUGGUUAAUGCUAAUAAAGGGCUUAGCUCAUGGGGCUUCUCUGAGACCCAUGUCUUUCUAUCGUGAAGGUCUGCCAUGCCUUAGCUUAGGACCUGGGUUAAAGACAGAUCUCUACCAGGUCUCUUUUUUAGCCCUUGGGGUAUAGGAAAAAAAGAAAAUGCAUGUAAAGCCAUUUAUUUUUAAGGAAGAGAUGUGGAGGUCAGACACAUUUCUCCUCUUACUUUCUAUUGGUGCUGACAUUAUCCAGCUGUGAGGAGGCUGAGAAGCAUCUCUACCUAAGCAUGCAUAUCCCUAGGGGGAAGGCAAGUUAAUACUUGGCCAGAGCCACCAUUGUGUUAGGUUUACUAACAUUACUUAACAAUACUUAACAAUGUAUUUUUGCAUGUUAUCAGGGGUUUUUGAAAGAUGGUAACUAAAGCAAAAGAUUAACUUGUGUCUUGGGAAUUCCAGACAUUGUGACAUAACAGCAGAGAAAAUGAGAAGAAAGGCGAACUUGCAUAAGUCAUAUUGUAUCCCACUUUAGAACAGGCUCUCUCUGCUUUUAUGUAUCACCCCAAAUUCCUCUAGGUAUACUAGGUCAUCUCUGUCCUCGCUGCUAAAAGAAUAACACUCAAGUAGAGUUUAAGUUUCUAUCAUGACACACACAUUAAUUUAUAUAUGUGUGCAUGUAUAUAUGUGUGUGUGUGUGUAUCUCCAAAGUGUUUUUUGCUUAUUUGUCAUAUCCCAACUAACCCUUUUGACCUAGAAUUCAAAGUACAAUCUAAUUUUUUUAAAAAAAAUUUUGUAGUUGUAGAUGGACAGCAUGCCUUUAUUUUAUUUGUUUAUUUUUAUGUGGUGCUGAGGGUCGAACCCAGUGCCUCACACAUGCAAGGCUAGCACUCUGCCACUGAGCUACAGCCCCAGCCCUACAAUCUAAUCUUGAAGUAGAUAUUAAAUAUGUAUUAAAUAACUGAAUUAUGAAUAUUCUAAUCCUACAAAGCUAAUCUCCAGAAUGCCAGCCCUUUCCACCAUGGCUCUUCUAACUAACUUAAUAUUCACUUCUUUUAAGCAGAGUUCAUUCUUAUGUCAGCCUGACUCUGGUUAUUCUCUGGUUCUGUAUUUUUCUCAGUAUGAAUGGAAUUAAUUUAUACCAAAAGUCACAUGGGUGUUUCAAAUUGAACAUUUUUUAAUAUUUAUUUUUUAUCUUUAGGUGGACACAAUAUCUUUAAUUUAUUUUUAUGUGAUGCUGAGGAUCGAACCCAGUGCCUCACUCAUGCUAGGUGAGCACACUACUACUUGAGCCAUAUCCACAGCCCUCAAAUUGAACUUUAUUAAUUAGGUACACUUUGGUGGGACACCAUAAAUGUAAUGCUCACCUGUUUCUCUACUUUCGUAGACUCUGAAACUUCAUUCCUUCAACAGAUAACAGUUGUCCUGGAUAUCAGUGGAAGUUAGUUUCAAGUUCCCCAUGAGAUACCAAAAUGUAUGGAUGCUUAAGUUCCUUAUAUAAAAUAGAGUGAUAUUUGUAUACAACAGAAACACAUCCUCUUAUAUACAUUAGGUCAUCUCUAGAUUACUUAUAACACCUAAUAUAAUGCCUGCCUAUCAUUUCAUUCACAUGUACUGUAGUAGUCAGUAUGCUACAAAUUCAAGUUUUGCUAGUUGGAAAUUUCUGGAUUUUUCACCAAUAUCUUUGAUCUCCAGAUUGUUGAAUUCAUAGAUGUGAAACCCCCAAAUAAAAAGGCAACUGUACUUACUGAAAGUCUUUGGUGAUUCAGGCACACCAUCAGGACUAGUCCAGUUCCUCUCCUUAAGGAUUUGACAGCUUAGUAGAAGAGGCAAACAAAAGAUUACAAAAUAGCUUAAGUGCUAUUAUACAGAACUACAAGAGUGUAGGAGCAUCCAGUCAAUCCAGAGGUGGUUUAGGUGCAGUUUAGGCAUAGCUCCCCAAAGAAAGUAGGGCCUUGGCCGAAGGAUGUUAGGACUUAGCCAGCUAAAGGGGUGUGAGGCAGCAGGGUAAGGCCACUGCCAACAGUAAAGAGAGAGAGGAAAGCCUUGGACAGUGGAAGAAGCUUUGGUCCUUUGUACAUUCUAUGGACUUCCAUUUCUAAUACUUUGGGGUCCUGAAUACUUUUUAUAGUAUUCCUAUUUGGUUAAACCAAUUGUAUUUUGUAUAAGUUAAUUAGUAUUCCAGACAGUUACUUGAAGAAAUUACUACUGAUGACAUGCAAACUGAAUUCACAGCAUCACCUUCCUCUAAGAGGUGUUCCUCAACUUCCCCACUAAGAACAAGUUGUAAAUUUUUCAUUUGGAUUUCAGCUUUUGUACAUGCCUUAUUUGCUAAUAAGGUUCGUAGAGGUGAUACUUGACAUGGGUCUUCCAGAGUGGACAGAACUAGGAUGGAUAGGCAAAGAGUAAGGUAAAGAUGGGAAUAACAGGGCUGGGGAUGUGGCUCAAGCAGUAAUGCGCUCGCCUGGCAUGCGUGCAGUCUGGGUUCGAUCAAAAAAAAAAAAAAGAUGUGGAAGGCUGGAAGAUUAGCAAAGUUUGAAGACAGUGAAGUCUGGAGCAUAGUGAUUAGCACUUGAACUUGAUAAAGAGAAUUACUGAGAGAUAAGGCUAGAAAAGUGUAGAGAGCCAGUCAUGGGCUAUGUGUGUAAGCUGUGAGUAUUUGAGCGCAUGAGGGGACUGGACUGACACUGCUUCUCUGAUUAAUAUUAUAUUCUAUUUUACCUCAGUGUUUUUUUCCUAAAGUUAUUUUGUACUCUGGGAAUGUGUGUGUUCUUUUCGUUCACUCUGCCUUUGAUCCCACACACCCCCGAGAUGGCAUGGCUUUCCAAGAUGUUGGUCAAAUCUGCUAACUGCAAGACAUCACCAAGCAACUCCCUAAAACCAAUCCCUUGCCUUAUUUGGGUUGAAAUUUCUAGAAUGUCUUUCUCCCCAGUAAAUAGAGGAUUUUCAGGUCUCUCUCUCUCUCUCUCCCUCUCUCUCUCUCUUUCUCUCUCUUUCCAACAGACUCUUAAGGUCAAGAGCUGUCCCCGAUUCCUGAAAGCAUAAGGUAUUUCUGUGUGUUGCGUGUUUCUUUCGCUGUUUUCUUAAGUUAUUGGUGCAGCUUUUGUAAACCCAGCUCAGGUCGCCAGCCCAGCUAGCUGGUGAUAGAAAAAAGAGUUGGCAUUGAAAUUAUACUUAAUAGGUCAUUGAUCAAAUUUUUAUUUUAUUGAAGUACAAUCAGAAAUAGAAAACUACUAAUGUAAAAAAUAUUUUAAAAGCUACUUUUAAUCAUGUCAAAUAUAGUGGAAAUGUCAGUAUAAGUAAGGUUCUAAUUUCUGAAAAAUUUUUUUGCUUUCUUUGGCAUUUUUUAAUACAAUUGAUUUAAUUAUUUUAAAUUUAUGUUAGUUAUUUACAAGCAAGGAUAUCAGAUAGAUUAAAAAUUCUAAGACCAUUGUUAAAGUUUCAUUAUAUUGUCUUCAAAUAAAUGAAAGACAUUACUA